GAAGGAGCCGAAGGCAUGGCCGGCGCGUCCUCGGAGGCGGAGGCGGAGGCGCUGGCCGCGGCGCUCGAGCGGAGCCGCCUCUUCCUGAGCGGCCUGGAGCCGGUGCAGCAGGGCGCCGAGGCUCGCGUCUUCCGUGGCCGCUUCCAGGGCCGCGCGGCCGUGGUGAAGCACCGCUUCCCGAAGAGCUACCGGCACCCGGAGCUGGAGGCGCGGCUCGGCCGGCGGNGGACGGUGCAGGAGGCGCGCGCGCUGCUCCGCUGCCGCCGUGCGGGGAUAGCUGCCCCAGUUGUCUUCUUUGUGGACUAUGUGUCUAACUGCUUAUAUAUGGAAGAAAUCGAAGACUCGGUGACUGUUCGGGAUUAUAUCCAAUCCACUCUGGAGACUGAAAAGGACCCCCAGUGCCUCUUGGACCUGGCCAGGAGGAUGGGGCAGGUUCUGGCCAGAAUGCAUGACGAAGACCUCAUUCACGGGGACCUCACCACCUCCAACAUGCUCCUGAGGCGGCCCCUGGAACAGCUGCACAUCGUACUCAUCGACUUCGGGCUGAGCUUUGUCUCAGGACUGCCAGAAGACAAAGGCGUCGACCUCUAUGUCCUGGAGAAGGCCUUCCUCAGCACGCACCCACACACCGAGACCGUGUUUGAAGCCUUUCUGAAGAGUUACGGGGCCUCAUCCAAGAAGUCCAGUCCAGUGCUGAAGAAGUUAGAUGAGGUGCGCCUGAGAGGGCGAAAGCGGUCCAUGGUCGGGUAGCAGAGCUGUGGUGACUGCCUCACAGUGAGAGAUGAUGUAGACGAGGCUGGACCCCUCAGCAAAGCAUGGGUCGUUAAGUAGUCUGUGAUCGUGCUAGGCCACCACCAUCCAUGGCUCACUGUUCUCAGGGGCUUCAUGUACAUGAGGUUUAUUCUAGGCAGAGCUGGCUGAGUAGCCCAGGUUAGCCUUGUAUGACAAUAUCCUGCCUCCGCUUGCUGGGAGGAGGUUGUAAGCCACCAUACCUGACUUUGCACUGAUUCUGUCAGAAACAAAACAAGAAUGAUUCUA